AUUCUUAUUUGCAGCAGAAGAGCCUUUGGAUUCAUUGACUAUUGAUUUAAUGUCUCCAAAUCUUUUACGCUGCUUCUCAUUAGCAACCAUUUUUUCAUCAUAUCUAUUUGCUCCAUUCCGCUUGAUACACCAUACAAGAAAAUCAACUUAUCCUGAUAAUUUCCAAUUUCCCCAACCACUGAAACAAUCACAUCUCUUUUCAAGACUGCUUCAUAUUCAUGAAUUUUUGACUAUGCUUAAACUUGCAAAUGGCUUUAAAUUUGCCCAAGACAUUGUGUAA